GAGAAGAACUUGUUUCUAUUACUUCCACGCACAUUUCCCCCACUUUCUUACCUUGAUACCGCCCCACCUCUGUCAAUUUAUGCUGCGCCUGCCUUUGCGCCACGCACUCUCAACACCGCACUGAAAAUUGAAAAUAUACUUCUGAGAAGCUUGGACCAUCUUAUCUAGAUGGAAAAGCAUCGCAAGCAGAGCAACGAGAACAACGAAAGGCUACAGAGACUAAGACUUAGAAAGCGGCCCGUUUGAAUUGGCGCUGUUUCAUCUCUUUCAGGAUAGAAUUGCGUCCGAUCUAUCUUUAGCGAUCUGGAGUUUUGUACUUGUGAGGGUUUGACAUAGCUAUCAGGCCAUAUCCAAGUAACUCGAUAUACGCCUCUUGGCUUGCGACCAACGACUUUCCCUGCUUUUUUGCAAGGGCCGGUUUUCUUCAUCUUCUGAUUCGUUGACAAUUCAUUUAUCUUGUCAGCCACACCAGAACACCAGAAUAUGACAGACCCGGAGAGCUCUUACCGGCCGCGAUCCCCAGAUUUUUCCUCCUUCCCAUCCUUCCCGAACAACACCUUCAAUAACAACGACAACGACAACAACAACAACGCGUAUCAGCCACAACCACCCUACCUCGCUAGCCCUCUCGGUCAACGCGCUUCCUACGACGCCUCACCGUUUUUUGCCUCUGGCUAUCAACCUCCAGUCGUCAAUAACCACGUUCAUCAACCAUACCACCAACCGUUUCUUUAUCUUAAUCAUAAUACUACUCUCGAUAAUAACGCCUACGACAGUAACGCCUUUGACGACAUGGCAAGACGAAGUGCUCGCUUGUCAGCUCAAGCUCAGACCCAAACACAACCUCCUCCAUCAAUCCACGCCCAUGUCCAAUCUCCCGCUGCUCAUCAAUCCGAACAAAACUUCAUAUUCGACCAACACGUCGCGCCCAAAAAGGAAGCAGAAUCAGACGAACGUAUACCGAAACCGUGGGAUGGCAUUGACGUGAAAACGAAAUUUCCAGUAGCCAGGAUAAAACGUAUUAUGCAAGCGGAUGAGGAGGUCGGGAAAGUGGCUCAAGUAACGCCAAUCGCAGUUUCCAAAGCACUUGAACUAUUCAUGAUCUCCCUCGUCACCAAAGCCGCACAGGAAGCCCGAGACCGAAAUUCAAAACGAGUCACGGCCGCGCACUUGAAACAAGCCGUCGCCAAAGACGAAGUCCUCGACUUUUUAGCAGAUAUAUGCUCAAAAGUACCGGAUCAACCAGCGCGAAAGAACGAUGAAGAUGGAAGUGAUCAUAAUAAUGAAGGGAAACGAAAAUCAGGCGGUGGAAGACGAAAACGAGACCUUGACAGUGAUGACUUUUAA